AUGCAUCAAACAAAGCAAUCAAACGACGCGUCGCAGUCAGAGAGCGCUGAUGUGACGACAUUUCUCCGAGAGACCCUUCAGCCACUCUUGGACUUUAAGGAACCCGGCGUUCUCGACCCAGUUCUAAAAGACUACCAUGCCACUGUCAUACCCCUAGACUUCACCACCGGCGCGCCUUACAACGGCGCUCCCACCCUUAUUCGCCUUAUGGACAUAGCAGUGCUGAGACGCGCUAUUGACGAGAUAAAGCCCUGGAUAGAAUCGGACGGGUCUACGGACAAUUAUGAUUAUCAGCCACUCCUGGAUUCCGUCGACAAGCCGUACCGUCAUCGUAAUAACGCCGAAUGGUUCACGUAUACUGUUAAAGUGUACUUAGACACUAACCAGGACACGAACUCUUCCGACACUUUGCGAGGCAGAACAUCCUGGGAAUACGGCGGCGGCGAGGGCACCAAUCGCUACCUAUACAACGACGACGAUAACUACAUCUGGAAGUCUGGCUCCGUGUUCAUAAACCUACUGCCCUCCGAGCCUCGAGAGCCCGAUCCUCGCAAGCCACAUGUCAUCCAUCAUGUCAUUGACUCCACGCCGUGGAAGUCGGGCACGCUCCGAACGAGCGAGUUUAAGACCAUUGUUUUUAUCGCGGCUGCGAACAAGCUCAAGGCUGCGUACAAAGGCCUGGACCACUUUGGCGUGACUGUGAUUUCGUUCUGGAAUUGGGAGGUCAGAAUAGUGCAGGGGCUGGUCAAUUUCAAGACGCGCGACGUGGACAUUCGUGUUUCGCUGGCUCAGGGCUUUCGCGAUGGCUUCCGUAAUGACGACGGCUCUAUCGACCCUCGCUUCCUGACGCUUCUGGCGUACAACCUUGGCGAAGUUCUCCAUUUCGCCGAAUAA